CCACACUGCCCCAUUAGUUUUUUGUUUAUGUUGGGUUGUCGGAAAAAUCGGCUGUUUUCCGUGUGUCCGUCUGCCAUGAAAAGCUGCUAAAAAGCUAAAUAUAAAAAUCAGCGCAGCACACACGUUCCGCUGCCUGCAUUGUUUUCCCAUUUUAAUGGGUAAUUUUGUGAGUGCGAGUCAGGAAAACGCAUCGUGUGUGUAUAUAUAUACAUAAGUAUGUAACUGCGCCCGUUUAUUUGUGUGUGUUUUUGUGUGCAUGGUGCAAUGGAAAAGUGAUUAUUAUAAAUGAAAAUCAGUGAAAUGUACAACCAACUCCCACUUGUACGUGUGUAGGAAGGCAGAAGGGUGUUUUGCAUUCGUGUGCGUGCCAGAUAAAAAGACUUUGAAUUUCUGGAGGAUAUUAGUGUCAACCGAGGGGGUAUAAUACGCCGUAGGCCCUAAUAUGCAGGCAAGUCCAUUAAUUACGCCAAAGGUCAGAGGUUAGGCACGCAGCCAGGAUCCAAGGAGCAAUAAUAAUGUUGUAAGAAGGCGACCUGUAAGCGAGAGCGAGAGAGCUGGUGUUUUGGUGUGAGUGCGUGGUAGAACAAAGAGGACGAAAAACACGGCUUACGAAAUCGCCGCACGACACGUUCGCCGCAAGGCGAAUUCAAGCUUAUCCCAGUGAACGAAGGAACAACAAAAGGAUAUCUUAUUGAAACUGAUUAAACUAAAGACUGCCGAAAUAGUUAUAUAAAAUCCGAAACCAUGUCUGCGGCCGAACUUGAAGCGGAGGCUUCAGCCCACGAGCAACAAUCCCAGCAACAACAACAAAAUCAAUCACAAAGCGAGGAGAUAAAUACAAACACUGCCAUCAAUGCAAAUGCAACCACAACAAACAGCUACAACAACAAUUUGGAUACGGAAACCCAGCUCCAGAUGCACCAGGAUCCGCAGCAGCAUGAAAUCGAGGGCAACAGCAACAAUGGCAUCACAGGACUCGGCCUCAGUCUGAUGAACUCCUCACCGCCGCCGCACAGCUACCGACACUCGCGGGCCUAUCGCCACUUCAAGAAUCCGCCGCAGCCCCACAUGUGCAUCCGCACCACCACGGAGGCGGGCGAGGAGCUCUUCAUCAAUGUCCUCAGCUGGACGCGCAUUGUGAUACCGCAGGAGCCCAGCGAUCCCAUUCCCCUCUACGGAGGCAUGCGGGUACCGCCUGGCAGCCCACGCAGUCCUCCCAUUGUCUUUGCCGUAAUGGCCAAUCCGGAGGUGCUCAAAGACUCGGGACGUCACAGCAAAGAUCCUGAGGAGCGACGAGCUAUGGUUGAGCUGAUGUGCGACUUUGUGGAGGCUAUGAAUCCUGGCGUGAAAUUAGUCAGAAACGCCGUAAUACUUAAGGAUCGCGAUAUCUCAGGCGAGCUGAAGGAUGUCUGGAAUGCCGUACAGGCGCAGCGCGAUCGCGAGAGGGAGGAGCAGAUGAUGCAGCAGCGUCAGCAGCAGCACUACCAGAACAUCACCACGCAGCAGAUGUUUCCCAAAUCGCCGGACGCAACGCGGGCAGCUAGUGCUGGUGCUGCAGUGAACGAGGCCAGCUCGCCGCCGGCUCACCUAUCUGAGCCCCUGCUGGCAGAGCAGGGAAAUGGCAACAGCAAUGGCAAUGGCAUCACCCUGGCUGUUUUUGCCCAGCAGCUGGACAACAAAGUGACCAGCGAGCAGGCUGAACAGCAGGAGCAAUCGCCAGCAGUCGUGGAGGAUGCUUGCGUGGAUCAAACGGAUGCCGGCAGUUCGGUGAAUGGAUCAUCUACUGUGCUGGACAAUCAGUCGGUGGCGGUGGAGACCGAACCGGAGGUAAAGGUUGCACCAUCGGCAGCCACGAAUGGUGCUAGCACUCCAACAGCCAGCAGCUCCACACCCACAGCAAAAGACACAUCAUCUCCCAGUCCAACUCCGGCUCCCGUUGUUGCUCCCGUUGUGACACCAACUCCGCCACCUGCUGCUCCCGCAAAGAAGGAGAAACUGGGCGGCUUCUUGCCCAACGGCUGUAUCUUCCCGCGCUUUAAAAACAACAAGCACAAGGACAAGGACAGCAGUCACAAGGAGGGCAAGAGCAAAGAGAAGACCCUGCUGAAUGCGCUGAAAAAGAGCAAAGAGAAGAAGGUGGCGCCCAGUGAGCAGCCGACAGAGAAAGCAGCCGCCUCGGACAACGGAACCACGCAGUACGAGAAGAACUGCAUCAACAAUCUGGAGUGCGAGGUGCAGAAGCUGGACUUGAACAGCGGCAGCAAUGGUGACAAUAGCAUGUUCAUCAAGCUGAAAGUUUCGCCGGCCAAUGCCACAGCAGCGGCAGCAGCGGCAAAGUAGAGAUAAUCCUGAAUUUACACACACAAAUCUCGUAGGUAAGUGGGAAGUUAGGACGGAAGAGAGUCGGAGGCGGCACUCUGCAGUGAACAUGAACAGUGUCACUGUGUCAGCACUUAGGGCUUAGAGUCGUGGAUAGAGUCGUGUAGCAUAUACAAGAUUUAUAUAUACAGAUAUAUAUACAUUCACACACCCGUUUACACCGUUGGUCAAUUUUUUUGGAUAGCCACUCAGAACCAGGACUAGAUGACUAACUAACAGUUGUGCCAUGCUCCAGCUCAUAGACAUUUAUAGACAAGACAGCGCUUCUCCCAGGAUCUUCCCCGGCAUUUAACUGACAACAGAAUGAUAAACGUAUUUACAUAGUUCAAUAUAUGUAUGAUUCGCAUACAGUUUGCCUUAUAUACAACAAGCCCAAGAGAGCGACAAGAACCUAGCAAGAACCAGUUGAUAAGCACGUGAAUUAAUGUAUUUAAAACGUAAUCGUCAAAUGAAACUCAUGCGCCAAAUGAACAUCAUCCCAGCACACUCAACCACAUCCUAGACUAACUACUUGCUCCAUUCCCAAAUUGUGUCAUCACCCGUGCUGGAUACCAUCCGCCCACCAGAUCACCACACAUCUCCCACUCCAUCCGUAACCAUAACCAUAUCCGUGCAAAAGUAUUAAGAAACUUCGCAGAUCCAAGAACCCUAAAACCUGGAACUGGAUCGAUUGAUCUCCACGCUUUGAAGUUGAGGGGCAGUGAAAACAGCGGAGGGAGUUUUAAAGCCGGCUCAAUAGUGCCACGACUAACUUAUGUACCUUAGUAUACCCGAAUGCGAAAACAGUAUACAGACCACCCGCAAUGUCGCUAUUAUGAUUUAUAUUUUAAAGUUUAACUUUUAGUUCCUCUUAUUGGGUACCGACCGUAGGGGGAAAGAACUACUUCUCUUUCUAUUUAUUUUCCGUGCGUGCUUGUUGUGUUGUAAUUGAUACUGUUGGAAUGUUUAACUUUUACUGCGUUUAUUGUUUGUGCUAACCCAAUCCCUCAACUUCAAACGAAACCAUUCACGAAUCAUAUAUUAUUAUAGAGAGUAAACCACUAGAAAUCGAAUAAAUAUUCGGGAAGCACCACUGAAAAAUGGGAAAAACAAAAAAGUUUCAACUGCAAUAUCGGACUGAACAAAGCUGCCAUAUGAAAUCUAUAUACAUGUAAUGACUUUGUAUAUAAAGUUAGCUACAGAUUUCCAUAAAAAAAAACAAGAAAAAACGAAAUUUCAAUUGUGAUUCCAUCGAAAAUCUAAUUUUGUUUCCACAUCGAAGAAUUUGAUUGAAGAACUCGAAACACAUACACAACGUAUACCGAUACCGAAUAAAAUAUAAUUUUGUUUGCUAGGAAAAACCCCACGUAAGCGGAGAUCCUAACAAAAAGAACUUUUCUUUUUGUUUUUAGUUUAUUUUUACUUUUUUGUAGGUGCCAUACAGGAAGCGUGUAUGAGAAUUAAUCAAAAUUGAUUUCAUCCAAUUGGUAUUAUAUUUAAGCCCAGAGUUUCCUUAAUUGUGAGUUGAAACACGAGUACCGAGAACCCUAAAGUAUAUGCUAGUUUUUAACUGGUUGUAAAUGAUGAAUGCUCGUGUAAAAUUAGUAUUAAAUUAUAGCACGAACCCAACAACAGGAACAGCAACAAACAUAACACUACAAUUACAAAUUAAAUUAGUUUAAGACCCAAGUCUUCUAGGCGAAGAGCAAAAAGCAAUAAUUUUACUUGAAAAGAAUGACACGGCAAGAAAAUUAUAAUGAAAAUGCGUGUGGCUAGUAGCAGCAAUAGGUGUAGAAGGGCAUCUGGAAAACUCGAGAAAACCCGCCAGCUUCACUGUGUUUAUCCGAGAGAUGCAAUACUAUUUCCUUGGAAAUAUCUAGAGUUUUCCGGAGCAGCCCGGAAAAACUUCUACAACAAAAAAAAAAAAAGAAAAAGGAGCACACACUAGCGUAUGAAAUGCCAACACACAAAAACACACAUUUUUAUAUGUAUAUGUAUGUAAUAAUAAAAGAUCGUAUUUGACAAAAGUGUA